AUGCCAGCACCGCCGCCCAAACCCGUCCGCCGACCUCUCGACCUGCCCGGCCUGGGAAAGACGUCGCACGCCCGCCAGGCCUUUGUCAUAUCUUGGGUAUCGGUCACGCUUUCGGUCGUUGCGGCGGCGGUCGGCAUCUGGCUCUCCAUCGUAGAGGGCUCGCUCGUAGAUGCGGAAUCGGAGGGGGAGCUCGAGCGGCGAGAGAAGCGGGCGUCGGUCGGCAUCGCCGCGCUCUUUGUGGUGCUCGCCUUUGUGGUUGGCGGGAUGGCGAUCGAGCACCUGCAGCACGAGCACGAGGAGGAGGGCGAGCCCGGGGAGGCACUUCUCUACCUCUCCAUACCCGGCUUCGUCCGCCUCGAUAAAGAAGGGCCCCAUUUGCUCGUUGAUGGGAAAGGCGCCGCCCUCUCCCUCUGCGUCGCCAUCGGCAACCUACUGGUGGCGUCGCUCGGCCUGCUGCUAUUUGGGCUGCACGACCUCUGGAACAACGCGGCGAAGGGCCACAGCUGGUGGAGAGCGCGCUUCUGGGGUACCCCGAGCAGACAGCGGCAACGCGGUCGCAAGCCGUCCGCGCAGCAGGGCAGCCGCAGCGGCGGCGGCGGCGGCGGUGGCGGCGGCGGCGGCGGGGGAGGCUUUGUGGAGGUGUCGCUUGGAGGCGGCGGCGGAGCGCUGGCCGCUCCGCUAGACGGAGACGCGGGCGCGGAGGUUGAGGUGUUGGGGGUGUGAGGCGGCGCGGCCUGUGUGUAUUCAGUGACAAUCGUUCACUUGUUGUACGGCUUUAAGGUACCAA